UUGCGUCGAAACGAAACAUCAACCAAAGCAAAUGCGACCGUCUGUUUUGCGUAGUCGACGUUUGUCCGUGCGGUUUGGAGGACCGCUCUUGUUUUGAAGUUUGUUGUGAUUUGUGUUAUAAACAAUAUGCCUUUCAUUUCAAAAGACUGGCGAUCACCAGGUGAAGAGUGGGUUAAAACCGAAGAGGGAUGGGAAAAGAAGAAAGUAUUGGAGUGCACUUCACAGAGAUAUCCUGCUCUAACUAACUAUAAUAACACUGACGAUAGCCCUCAGAAAUGGUCUCAAGAAGGCGAGGAUGGUGACAAAACAAACGAUGCAGGAGCCAGAGUACCACCUCAUUGUCACAUCACUAUUAAAUGUACAAGAGAAAUUGCAGGCUUCAAUGGCUUAUCGGAAGCGGUCAGGCGGCUCGAUUUCUCGUCCGCCGUCCGGGACGUACGACGGUUUAACUACAUCUGUGCUCUACUGGAGUUACUCCUCGGAGGGCAACGGCUGACGCAUCUGCCCGGUGCUGCACAGAAACUUCUACUGUCGAUGUUGGAACAACUUGCUGACCAGGUGGCGCGGUCGAAGCAGAACCUGCACGCGCUGCGCGCGCUGGUGGUGUCGCUGGCGGCGCUGCGCGAGGGCGAGCGGCGCGCGUGCUGGGGGCGGCCGCUCGGCUCGCGCGCGCUCUGGCGCCACCACGACCGCGCCAUCGCGCGCAUCCACCGCAUCGCCGCCGGCAUCCGCAUACACGAGCCUGGUCCAGAAGUAGUGCCUAAACUCCAUGAUUUGCCUGAGGAGUGUGUUAGAGAAAUUUUAUUAAGGAUAUCGGAUCACAGGGACUUAGAUGCAGCGUCGUCGGCGUGGAGCGUGAUGGCGUCGGUAUGCACCGAGCAGCGCAUCUGGCGCGAACUGGUCCACUUCCACUUCACGCAGCAGCAGAUCGACACCAUCCUCGCCAAGGACAAGGACGCUGAAGACAAGGACGGCGAGGACAAGGACGUCGACUGGAAGAAGGUCUUCCAUCAGCUCAGGAAAUUAUACGGACUGAGGGAGGACGCGCAAUACGCGGAGACACUGUCCCUAUGCCGACACUGCAAGUGCCUGUUCUGGCGGUCGCUAGGGCAUCCCUGUAUAGCGGACCAGUGCCCAGAGUACCGCGAACGACUAAAGGAAGCGGGUGGGCCGCUGCCCCCGCACCCCGUGCCGCCCGCAGCCUUCCUCAAAUUCUUCUCGCUCUAAACAGGGUACCAGUCGCAUUGGAAUAACGUCACAUGAUCAAAUUACGCCACUGUAGGCCAAUUUUUGAAUUCUCUAAUGCAACGUAAACCAUAAGUUACUGGCUGUUUGGGUAUUUACUCUUCUCCCUAAGGAUCUGAGGGCCUACCAUGAAAUGUUUUCCGAAAUUUCGGAGCAAAACGAAACACAAAUUUGAUGUUAUAAUUACAUAAUACAUGCCGUUUGGAAAUAUUAAAAAUGUUAAAAUAUUGUUCCUUUGGACUUUUAUGAUAGGAUGUAUGACGAACGAAAUGUUAAACUCCAUUUAUUGGUCCGGUUUUGGUAUAAACAUAAACACGAAAUUGAGUCCGAAAAUUCGGAAUUUCAUUUCAUGGUAGACCCGCUGCUCACACUGCGAAUAUCCACAGCGCGGUGCCAUCCGUAGUUCUGUAAUAUUUGGAUUUUGGAUACUGUAUAAAGGUGAAAGCUCUCGCGGACUUAAAAAAGCUGUGUAAAUUCGCAGUGUGUAUAGACCCUAACGUUGCUAAAUGUUAACAUGUCAUUACGUGUCAGUCUUUUUUUUUUUUUUAAUAUUUUAAGGGCUUUUACCUUCUUCAGGUAUAUCAGUCCUAUUGUACCCUGUAUUUUGUGUAACUUUGCAUGUUCCGAUAUCGAUAUAUUAGUUCAAAUGUUCUUUAACCCUCUGACCGCAGUAUUUUUUACAACAUUAAAACACAUCGCUUUGACAACAAACAGCAGUACAAGUAUUUAGCCAUCUAGCGAGAUUUUGAGAAACUAUCAAUCUACCGAAACAAAAAUUGCGGGAUAACAACGUUAAUAAACAUAAAAAUUGCGAGUACGUCGAAAUCGAGGGAUGCGUAAAAUUAAAUUAGUAGACACUGCACGUGGUAAUCACGGGAUGCCCGGUCAGAGGGUUAAUAGUACAAGAUAAUGAAAUUUACAGGAUUUUAUGAAGUCAUUUUGUAUACUGGCUACUCAAUUUAUUAUAUAAAUUAUAUAUAUCUCCUCCCAAGUUAUAAGGACUUCACGACUCAUUAUAAACCGCUGUCUUGUUGUAAAUAUUGUAUUUAUGAAAGUAAUUAAUAAAAAUUACUCAUAAUUCAAUGACACGGUUAGAAAAUAUGGAAAACGAAUCUUCAAUUUCAGUAUUUAUAUGUAUAUGUAUACAUUACUCAGGGUAAUACCGGGCUAUUUGACUACAAUAUUUACUAUCCAUUCUCUCUACUUAAAAGAAAAUUUACAGAAAUUGUUUCCAAUUAUUAUUAUUGUUUAAAAUAUAGUGACAGUAUAUAUAUAUAUAUAUAUAUAUAUAUAUAUAUAUGUACAUAUAAUGAUAGUCAUAUUCGGUGGGUGUAUGUACUCUGACAUUUGUUUCAUGAACUGCGAUAAAGAGGUGCUUUUCUCUGUCAUAGGAAACAGAAAUAUAAUUAUUUAUAUCUAUAAUAACUUAUUUCUCUAUAAUAUGAAUGUUUAAAAAUUUGAACGUCAUUAUAUUGUUGAUAAUUUUAGUACAGUACAAUCUCGAUUCCAACAAAUACCAGGAGGAAUUCCGUUAUAAUCGAAAAUCCAGAUAAUUGAUUUCAAAGGCAAAUCAAACAAUAAUAAUAAUUUUAUUUAUAAAUUAAAGGAUUUUACAUACGUCAUUUCGAAACAAUACAAUUUAAAACAAUUACGAGCAAUAAAUAUAAUAGAUUUUAUAACACCUAUUUCCCAUAUUAAUACAUAAUAUCAUUUCUAAAUCGGUAAUUAGAGUAAUAAAGAAUAAGUCCGGAUAAUCGAAUAUUCGGAUAAUCGAGAUUCUACUGUAUAUAGCAAAAGUCGUUAAUUUCAAAAUGGCUUCAAUCGGUGAAGUACCUAUAAUUAAAUAUCUAUAAGAAAUACUAUGUGUUUACAAUAUUAAAGUUAAGAAAGGCCUACGAGCUAUGGCAUAAUAAGAAAGCGACUGAUUACGAUCUCAGGCAUACUGGCCUAUUCAACAUAACAAACUAAACGGAUCAUUAGAAUUUAUAUAGCUACGCAAAAUGUGUUCCAUUUUUAAAAAAUAUUGUCCAAUUAGAAAACAGGUUUUGUGCUUAUUUUUUUUAUGAUAACAAAAAGCAUUAAAAUUACGAAUAAUGUAACGAUAAUAUUGCGAUAUAUUGGGAUCAUACCAGUGACUGGAUAUUAUUCCAAAGUAUUUUUUUUUUUAAUAUUAAACUUGCAUUUGGGAAUAUUAAUAUAUGUUAAAAAUUUUAAACGUCACGCUUUGUGAGUUUCAAAGAAGAUUGAAUUUGCAUUUUUAAUAUAUUCUUUCCGUGGUGUGACUGGAAACGUAUUUGGCCCAGAUGGCUGAGAGAUGCAGGUUCGAAUCUCGUCGAAUCGAUUAAAAUCGUCAGACGAUAAUAUUUUUCCAGCCUAGUGUUUUAUAUACAUAUCCCAAAUGUAUCAAGACCAAGCAAAGAUGCUUACAUGUUGUUUUAAUUAAAAAAAUAAUGUUUUUAAUUUAGUUUUAACACUAUUGUUUAGCGUUUUUUUUUUUUUUAAGAAUUCAGCGCUUAUUAAUUGUUUUUAACGCUUUAUGAGGACUAGAUAUGUGAUAUUACCCAAAAUUUGUAUAGAACGUGUGUUGUAUUUGGAUUUGUUCUUAUGUGUUGUUUGUUAAUCUUAAAUAUAAUUUAUGUGUAUUGUAAUAGUGAUCAAUUCACAAUGAAUAAUACAAAUUAUUUUAACAUUACCUGACUCAUGUAUUGUGCUAUAAAAAAAUGAGUCUAUUGUUGCAUUGAUGACCAAUUGUGGGUCAUACAGCCGAUUAUAACUUUUGUUGAUAGCGUAAAGUUCUUAUUAGUAGGUAUUAAUGAAAUACUACAAACGAACUGUAACUACUAAUGAACUGUCAGUUUUCUCAUAUUGGGUUUGCUGGAAGAAAUCUCUAUUGGAGAUAAGCUCGCCUUUGUGCACUAUUAUAUUUGUUUUUACACUUUAAUAACCUUUUGUGUACAAUAAAGAAUAGAGAAUGAAAUUAAAAAACUUUCAAGACAAGAAACGAAAUAUGAAAAUCAUACAUAUGAAUUUAGAUUUUACAUACUAAAUCGCGUUGAUAUUGCAAUCUCUUACUGAUAUAGAGACUACAAUAUGGAGUAUUCAAAAAGGUAUAUCAGAGUCGACAACGCGCACGUGACAACCCUAGUGUUGCAAGCGUCCAUAGACUUCAUUAACCGUUUACUAUCAGACUGGCUGUAAGCUUGUUUGCCACCUUCGAGGUUUAAAAAAAAUUGCCCUUUCUAAGAGAAUAUUGUUCAGUUAUGUAAAAACAUUUUGUGGUUUUUUUAAAACUUAUAUUCGAUCUUUUAACAAUUGUCGGAAAUGACAUUGUUAAUUCAGAAAUUAUAUAUAUAUAUAGACAAUUUCUGAAUUUUUAAAUUGUAAAAUCGGCUGUUAGAAACAUCUUUAAAAAAUUCACUUCCAAUAAACUGCUGUGUUGAAUAUUUAGCUUUACAUAACCACGUGUGUAUUGUAAUUUAGUUCCUGCAUAGAUAUUUAUUAUUAAGGCAUCGCGUCCUAUCGCUUCAUCGCCCUUAACCAAUCGCACAUUUGUUUUUGUCUGCAUUUAAAAUAAUUGUACAGUCUUAUAGAAAUAUGGUCUACUUAUCAUAUCUGUUCACGAGUCGAAUAAGAGAACUAAUUAAGCAGCUAGCUUAGGUAAAGCGAUAUUUUAUUACAUGUAAUUUUUAAUAGCAAUUAAGGACUCUGCCAAACUUCCAAUUUGGAGAACCAUUUUUGUCUGUCGUAAGUUCAUUGGCUGACUUCAAAAAAGGAGGCUCUAUGUUUUGCUGAUUAAACUUGGAAAUCAUAUUGAGUAUAGCCGCCAAUUACUGCAGGUUUAUGCACAGUAAGUGAAUUGUAUAAAAAAAAAAUUGUAAAAAAAUUUGUAAAGAAAAAAAAGUGAAUAUUACUUUAUGAAAUUAAUAUUAAAAAAGUAAGUUUUGAUACUUGUAUCUGUUGAUUUCAGGGAAAACAUGUAAUAUGUGGAUUACAUACGUAGCCUGAUCAAGUGGGACACAGGUGGCUCGAGCCGUUCCUUAUGGCAGGCUAUGUGGGAGGCCUAUGUUCAGCAGUGGACAGAUAAUGACUGAGAUGAUGAUGUAAUAUACCAUUUAUAUUUGUCAUAAAAAUGUGGUAACGGCUCAAACUCAAUAUGGUUCUACAGUUAAUUUUGUAUAAAAAAACAUGGCAAGCAAAUAAUCCCAUGCUUAUUUGCAAAAAUAAUAUCUACUCAUUUCCCCCAGUAUCCUAGUUAAUAAAUAAUUAUAAAUACAGUCGGUCUAAAAUAUUGUCUCCUUAGGCCUAAACUGUUUCGUUUGUUAUGCAAUAUAUUUAUUUUUCUCCCCUAUAUCCAUAGCAGUAAUUGUGCAUCUGUAUGACUUACCAUUCAAUAUUUAAUCCAUUUUUAAAUUAGACAUUCUUUAUUUAGUACUUUUAUUUCCUCUGUUUUGGUUUUAAAAAUUUUAUUACUUUAUGAAAGUAAGUACAUAAUUAAAUUAUGAUAGUGUUUGCAGGCAACAUUUUUUUUUAUCAAAAAUACAUUUUAUAAUAUAAAUACUAUUAUAGGUAGGUAUGAACACGAGUAGGUGCCUACUUGAUUUGUAUUUCAUCUAUUGCUGUUUUCGAAUCGAUUCUAACUCUAGAGAAUGCCAAAGAAUGUUGGUUGCAAAUGCUAAAAGAUUCAAAAUAGUAUGAGCUAGCGCCUGCUAGGGUAAUAUUCGUCAUUGUAACAUUUUAUCUACUUUCAUGAUAUCAUCAUGGUAUCAUUGGAGCACACCUUAAAAAAUUGUCAUAAAUAAUGACAAAUUUCACUCAAAUAUGUAACAUGUAUUAAAUGACUUUUGUCAAUAUGACAAUUUUCAACUAAUAACUAGAGAAAAAUAUUAUCAUUGUUAGAUGCUAGCUCCAAAACAGCUAUCGUUAAUUAGCAAACAGUUCACUGUAAAAUGUAGUGUAGUUGUUGAUAAUGUGAUAUUUUAAGAUAAAUUUAUUGUAAUAAAAAUUAAGUGUUUGGAGUCUCAAGUUACUAACACUGUAGAGUAGAUGAUUAUGAAAAUGCAGCUUAUACCUACUCACUUGAGUCAUUUUUAGUUAAUCUGUGAUUUUUAUUUGUGAAAUGGAAUUGUUUUCUGAUUUGUGUUCUCAUAUACUAUGGUACUUUAUAUGGUAUUUUGAAAUAAAGUUAUUUUGAAUAUGA